CGAUUCUCAAUUUUCGUAAUUUUGCUUCCUCGAACAUCGUGUGAGUGAACGGCUAUUCAUCCUCCGUUUGUCUGUUUCUCUAAUCAUAUAAAGAAGAAGCUAAAACAUAAUGGUUCAAUAUUCAAAACCCUAUCCUUUAACUAAAGGACUUUUUCACUAUACUCCAAAAUCUUCAAAGAGUCAUGAACCUCUUCCACUUGGAUCAACUUCAUUGGCAGAUUAUAAAGAACAAAAAGUUGAUCAGUAUUUGAAAGAUGUUGUUCGCUCUCUGAAGGAACCCUUAGCUUUAUUCCCCAAAAUUAUUCUUCGUUUCGAAUUAUUCGUCACAGUUCGUGGCAUUGAAGAACGAUUGUUUUGGGAACUUACCAUUAAAGAAGCUCGAGCAAGCCUUGAUAAUGUAUUAGACGCAUUUGUAGUUCUUCAUCAAGAUCUCUUUCACAGUAAAUGUUUGUUAAAAUAUGUUGAGCAGUUUCUUGAUGAAGAUCAGAAGAAUGACGAAGAUUCAAAAAGGUUUAGUGAGAAAGAAGUGCAAAAACUAACAAAACUAAAAGAAAAUCUUCUAGAACUAAAUAAGUUUCUCGAUUGUGUAUUACUUCAUUACUCCAGUUUAAGUUGUAAUAAACCAGCUAUUGAGGAUAUCAAACGUGCAGCAAAAAAAAUUUACAAGGCCAUAAACAAUUUGAAGCCAGAUAGACUUGCGAACUUGGUUCCGGACAGUGUAAUAAGGGAAGAAGAUGUCUUGUGCUCUGUAGUUGGUUUGAAAGAUGAUUUUGCCAGCAGGCUUAAAGGUUUGAGUAAAGAAAUGAGAAGGCACCAAACUGACGAGUAUUUCUUGCUGUGUUUCAUGGAGGAACUCGACGAGUCUAUGAAUGUAGAUGACCUACGUGAUAAAGAGUUGGUAGAAAAUAGUUUGCAGAAAAUGGGCUUUACAGAAAACCGGUCAAGUGUUAUUGCAAAAUGGAUUUCUGAGCAGCCAUUUCCUGGACACAAAUCCCUUCUUGCUUGGGCUAAAAUCUAUAUAGAAAACAUGUUUAAGUAUGACAUUUUCCUGAACGAUAAAGUUCCGAAAUUUCCUUAUAGCGAGAGCAAGUUAGGGGAAUGGUUUAGUGUGCCUGUUGAACGCGAAGAAGAUGAAUCGGGUGGUCCUGUUCCCAAAGUGUCUGUAAUUAAUACCAAAACCAAAAAUGAGGCUAAAACUAGCAUAGAACAAAAAAUCUCUGAAUUCCAAGCUGAUAAUCCGAAAGCACAGCUCUAUUUUCAUGGAACAGAUCACAAAGGUGCCAAGGAUAUUCUUGAGGAUGGGAUCAAGUUGGGGCUUGGAAAACCUUGUUGCGAUUUUUCAAAUGGUUGGGGAUUUUAUGUAGCAGAUCAUUUUCAAUAUGCUCUAGACUGGACAGAUAAGCAUCGUGCCUCUGCCGUUAUCGUGUUCAAUAUUAGUCAGGAAUGCCUAAACGAUUUUCAAGGUCUCGAUUUGCGUGGUACUGAACGACGGGAUGACCUAAAAUCUGUGGUAGAUUUCUUCAAGUCAGGUGAAAAGCAAAAAGCUAAAAUCAGUAAGAAAUUGAAGAAUGAAGUGAAAAAUCGUGAUUUUAUUAUAGGACCAAUCAGUAGAGACGGUGGUACAACCUAUCCAGAAGUUCAACAAAUUUGCAUUAGGAAAGAUGGAAUGGCUGAAGAAAUUCAACAUUCGCUCAACAUAGUAGGUGUUGUAUUUUUCUUAAAUGCAAAAGAAACCCAGUUAGCUAGAAAGAAAUAAAGGUGUGCAUGUAACUGUUAAAUUAUUACACAAAUAUUAGUUAAAAUUGAUAAGUAAUAAUAAUUCCUAUAUGUAUGGUUUGUAAGCCAAAUUUAUCAGCCACAAUUUAAACAUUCGGAACAAAUGCAUUUUAUUUGGAAGCCGUUGUUGAAUUAGAUAGUUUAAGUUUCAAAAGAAAAUGGCCAUUGAACAGACUUAAACUGAUCACUCAAAGUAAUGCUGUGGCUUAGUACUUUUUAAAUUAAUUCUUUAAACAUUUCAUAAAAUCAAAUCGUGAAUGCAUUUAUGUUAAAUGUAAUUUUCAAAAAUGGUAUUUGAUUGCUUAUUAAUUGCUAUUUAGUAGCCUAUGUUUUGACAAAAUGGGGAUUGGAUGCUAUUCCAUGCAUCCCUAUAACCUAGCCAUAUCCCUAUACCUCUAUACCAUAUAUUAUGAGCCAGGGGUGCGCCGGCCAAAAAGAUUUUGGGAUUGCCCUGCCUUCUGGGACAGAUUUUUGUAGUGUUUGAAAAGCACAUUGAAACCUAUAUAUCAUAUAUCAUGCAAGCUGAAUAGGCGUACGAAGCAGCUAGGGGGGAGGUGAGAUUUAAACACUCUUAGCUUAAAUUUAUUCCAUGGACCUGCCUAUCCGAUAAAAGUUGUCCGACUCUCGAGUAUAAAACAGGGAUGGAUCCAGCCGAAUGUCACUAGCUUGGAUGAGGUGUCGGUCUGUCUGUGUCAAGUAUUGUGGGGGCAACUUUUUCAGAUGACUCAGACUUUUUUGGGUAAUUACAAUAACAAUGCAAGAUAUUUGUUGUAAAGUUGU